AGGCGCAGCGUGUGCAUGUCCUCGCGAGGUUUUGGUUUUUGCACUGAAUGUAGUCUAGACUCAUUGUCACGGGCUUGUGUUGCCCCAGGAUACUGUCAAAGGCAGUAUUUGUGUGUUUCUGCAGAGUUUUGCACAGAGUCUGUUCCCAUGCAAACCAAUGAGGGAGAAGUAUCAGAGGAAAGCAGUUCCAAGGUGGAACAGGAGGAUUUUGUAAUGGAAGGGCAUGGCAAGACUCCACCUCCUGGUGAAGAAAGCAAACAAGAGAAGGAGCAAGAAAGGGAAGAACAGUUAAUGGAAGACAAGAAAAGGAAGAAAGAGGAUAAAAAGAAAAAAGAAGCCACUCAGAAGGUCACGGAACAAAAAACCAAAGUGCCCGAAGUGACGAAACCAAGUUUAAGCCAACCAACGGCCGCCAGCCCAAUUGGCAGCUCUCCAUCGCCACCAGUCAAUGGUGGCAACAAUGCCAAAAGGGUGGCAGUGCCGAACGGACAACCGCCAAGCGCCGCCCGCUACAUGCCUCGGGAGGUGCCGCCGCGAUUCCGUUGCCAGCAGGACCACAAAGUGUUACUGAAACGGGGGCAGCCCCCUCCGCCGUCCUGCAUGCUCCUCGGGGGUGGGGCAGGGCCUCCUCCCUCCGCCGCACCCGGAGCAAACCCAACCAACGCACAAGUGACAGGAACGCUGCUGCCGAGCGAGAGUGGGCCGGCGCCAGAGUCAACCCUUGGAGGUGCUGCUGCUUCAAAUUAUGCAAAUUCCACUUGGGGCCCGGGAGCCUCCUCCAACAACGGCGCCUCCCCCAACCCAAUUCACAUCUGGGACAAGGUGAUUGUAGACGGGUCUGACAUGGAAGAGUGGCCUUGUAUUGCCAGCAAAGACACUGAGUCUUCUUCCGAAAACACCACCGAUAACAACAGUGCCUCGAACCCUGGCUCUGAGAAGAGCGCUCUGCCAGGAAGCACCACUAGUAACAAAGGAAAAGGGAGCCAGUGCCAGUCUGCAAGUUCCGGGAACGAAUGUAAUCUUGGGGUCUGGAAAUCUGACCCAAAGGCUAAAUCUGUUCAAUCUUCCAGCUCGACUACAGAGAGCAACAAUGGACUAGGAAAUUGGAGGAAUGGGAGUGGUCAGGAUAGAAUUGGACCUGGCUCUGGCUUCAGCAACUUUAACCCAAAUAGCAACCCAUCUGCCUGGCCAGCGCUGGUCCAAGAAGGAAAUUCUAGGAAAGGGGCAUUGGAAACGGAUACUAGUAAUUCCAGUGCACAGGUUAGCACAGUAGGUCAGGCAUCCAGGGAACAGCAGUCAAAGAUGGAAAAUGCGGGUGUUAAUUUUGUUGUCUCUGGCAGAGAACAGGCUCAAAUUCAUAACACUGAUGGACCAAAAAAUGGAAACACUAACUCCUUGAACUUAAGUUCACCAAACCCCAUGGAGAAUAAGGGAAUGCCCUUUGGAAUGGGCUUGGGGAACGCCUCCAGGAGCACUGAUGCCCCUUCACAAAGCACUGGAGAUCGAAAGACUGGGAGUGUUGGAUCUUGGGGUGCAGCUAGGGGGCCUUCUGGAACUGACACAGCCUCUGGACAAAGCAAUUCUGGAAACAAUGGGAACAAUGGAAAGGAUAGAGAGGACUCCUGGAAAGGAGCUUCUGUUCAGAAAUCAACCGGGUCAAAAAAUGACUCUUGGGACAACAAUAACAGGUCUACGGGUGGGUCCUGGAACUUUGGCCCUCAGGACUCUAAUGACAACAAAUGGGGUGAAGGGAACAAAAUGACAUCUGGGGUCUCUCAGGGAGAAUGGAAACAGCCGACUGGGUCUGACGAGUUGAAAAUUGGAGAAUGGAGUGGUCCAAACCAACCAAAUUCUAGCACUGGAGCAUGGGACAAUCAAAAGGGCCACCCCCUCCCUGAAAACCAAGGCAAUGCCCAGGCUCCCUGUUGGGGAAGAUCUUCCAGCUCCACAGGAAGUGAAGUUGGAGGUCAAAGCACUGGAAGCAACCACAAAGCAGGAAGUAGUGACAGUCACAAUUCUGGCCGCCGGUCGUACAGGCCCGCACAUCCUGAUUGUCAGGCCGUCUUGCAGACUCUUUUGAGCCGAACUGAUUUGGACCCCAGGGUGCUCUCAAACACUGGCUGGGGCCAAACUCAAAUUAAGCAGGACACAGUGUGGGAUAUCGAGGAGGUGCCAAGGCCCGAGGGGAAAUCUGACAAAGGAACUGAGGGGUGGGAGAGCGCUGCCACACAGACCAAGAACUCAGGGGGCUGGGGAGACGCACCCAGCCAAAGCAAUCAAAUGAAGUCUGGAUGGGGGGAGCUCUCAGCCUCUACAGAGUGGAAAGACCCCAAGAACACAGGAGGCUGGAAUGACUAUAAGAACAAUAACUCUUCCAACUGGGGAGCAGGACGACCAGAUGAAAAGACAUCUUCCUCUUGGAAUGAGACUCCCAGCAAGGAUCAGGGGUGGGGAGGCGGUCGCCAGCCCAGUCAAGGAUGGACUUCUGGAAAGAAUGGUUGGGGAGAGGAAGUUGAUCAAGCGAAAAACAGCAAUUGGGAGAGUUCUGUGAGUAAACCUGUGUCCGGGUGGGGUGAAGGAGGGCAGAAUGAGAUUGGGACUUGGGGCAACGGUGGGAAUGCAAGCCUAGCUUCAAAAGGCGGGUGGGAAGAUUGCAAGAGGUCUCCAGCUUGGACGGAGACAGGCAGACAGCCCAAUUCCUGGAACAAACAGCACCAACAGCAGCAGCCGCCACAGCAGCCGCCGCCACCACAACCAGAGGCUUCUGGUUCCUGGGGAGGCCCAGCCCCACCCCCUCCAGGCAAUGGACGACCUUCCAAUUCCAACUGGAGCAGCGGGCCGCAGCCAGUAACCCCCAAGGACGAGGAACCCAGUGGCUGGGAAGAGCCAUCCCCACAGUCAAUUAGUCGGAAGAUGGACAUUGAUGACGGCACUUCAGCGUGGGGAGACCCUAGCAGUUACAACUACAAGAAUGUGAACCUGUGGGAUAAGAAUUCCCAAGGGGGCCCAGCACCUCGAGAACCAAACCUGCCUACCCCGAUGACCGGUAAAUCAGCAUCAGUCUGGAGCAAAAGCACACCACCUGCUCCAGAUAAUGGUACUUCAGCGUGGGGUGAGCCAAACGAAAGCAGUCCUGGGUGGGGUGAAAUGGAUGACACAGGAGCAUCGACCACAGGCUGGGGGACCGCACCCUCCAAUGCUCCAAAUGCCAUGAAACCUAAUUCCAAAUCUAUGCAAGACGGCUGGGGGGAGAGUGACGGGCCCGUGACAGGAACUCGCCAUCCCAGCUGGGAAGAGGAGGAGGAUGGAGGCGUCUGGAACACCGCCGGCUCUCAGGGAAGUGCUUCCUCCCACAACUCAGCAAGCUGGGGACAAGGAGGAAAGAAGCAAAUGAAGAACUCACUAAAAGGAGGAAACGAUUCAUGGAUGAAUCCUCUUGCCAAACAGUUUUCGAAUAUGGGAUUGCUGAGUCAAACUGAAGAUAAUCCAAGCAGCAAAAUGGAUUUGUCUGUAGGGAGCCUUCCAGAUAAAAAAUUCGAUGUGGACAAGCGAGCAAUGAAUCUCGGGGAUUUUAAUGAUAUCAUGAGGAAGGAUCGAUCUGGGUUCCGUCCACCUAAUUCCAAAGACAUGGGAACCACAGAUAGUGGGCCUUAUUUUGAGAAGCUGACUUUGCCUUUCUCCAAUCAAGAUGGGUGCCUUGGGGAUGAGGCUCCCUGCUCUCCCUUCUCCCCUUCUCCCAGCUACAAGCUGUCUCCCUCUGGUUCCACACUACCCAACGUCAGCCUUGGAGCAAUCGGCACAGGGCUCAACCCCCAAAACUUCGCUGCUAGACAAGGCGGCAAUCAUGGUUUGUUUGGAAAUAGCACAGCACAAUCGAGGGGCGUGCACACGCCAGUGCAGCCGCUGAACUCUUCUCCUAAUCUCCGGGCGCAAGUGCCUCCCCAGUUUAUUUCCCCCCAGGUUUCUGCCUCAAUGCUCAAGCAGUUUCCCAACAGUGGCCUGAAUCCAGGUCUUUUCAACGUGGGGCCCCAGUUAUCUCCUCAACAAAUUGCCAUGCUGAGCCAGCUUCCACAAAUUCCCCAGUUUCAGUUGGCAUGUCAGCUUCUCCUGCAGCAGCAGCAGCAGCAGCAGUUGUUACAGAACCAGAGAAAGCUUUCUCAAGCCGUGCGUCAGCAGCAAGAGCAGCAGCUGGCUCGAAUGGUCAGUGCACUGCAGCAGCAGCAGCAGCAGCAGCAGAGGCAACCAAGCAUGAAGCACUCACCAUCUCAUCCCGUUGGGCCCAAGCCGCAUCUGGACAACAUGGUACCCAACGCUCUGAAUGUGGGGCUCCCAGACCUUCAAACCAAAGGGCCAAUACCUGGAUAUGGUUCUGGCUUCAGCUCUGGCGGCAUGGACUAUGGCAUGGUUGGUGGGAAGGAGGCUGGAACCGAGUCUCGCUUUAAACAGUGGACCUCCAUGAUGGAGGGACUGCCCUCUGUGGCCACACAGGAAGCCAAUAUGCACAAAAACGGCGCUAUAGUGGCCCCUGGAAAGACCCGAGGAGGGUCCCCGUACAACCAGUUUGAUAUCAUCCCGGGUGACACGCUGGGUGGCCAUACGGGUCCUGCUGGUGAUAGCUGGUUACCUGCCAAAUCUCCACCAACAAAUAAAAUCGGAAGUAAAUCCAGCAAUGCCAGUUGGCCUCCAGAAUUCCAACCAGGAGUGCCAUGGAAAGGUAUCCAAAACAUUGACCCUGAAUCUGACCCCUAUGUCACCCCAGGAAGUGUGCUGGGGGGCACAGCCACAUCUCCCAUUGUAGAUACUGACCACCAACUUCUGCGGGAUAAUACCACAGGGUCUAAUUCUUCCCUCAACACCUCGCUGCCUUCACCUGGUGCCUGGCCCUACAGUGCCUCUGACAACUCCUUUACCAACGUUCAUAGCACUUCAGCAAAGUUCCCUGAUUACAAAUCAACAUGGUCCCCAGAUCCCAUAGGACACAACCCCACUCAUCUCUCCAACAAGAUGUGGAAAAACCAUAUUUCCUCAAGGAACACUACACCGCUGCCCCGCCCACCUCCCGGCCUGACCAAUCCCAAGCCGUCAUCUCCCUGGAGCAGCACAGCGCCCCGCUCAGUCCGGGGGUGGGGGACGCAGGACUCGCGGCUUGCCUCGGGCUCUACCUGGAGUGAUGGUGGUUCAGUGCGUCCUAGUUACUGGCUGGUUCUUCACAAUCUCACUCCACAGAUUGAUGGGUCAACCUUGAGAACCAUCUGCAUGCAGCAUGGCCCACUGCUGACAUUCCAUCUGAACCUAACCCAGGGCACUGCCCUGAUCCGAUACAGCACCAAACAGGAGGCGGCCAAGGCCCAAACUGCACUGCACAUGUGUGUGUUGGGAAACACUACCAUCCUGGCUGAGUUUGCCACCGACGACGAAGUUAGCCGCUUUCUGGCACAAGCUCAGCCCCCUACGCCCGCGGCAACCCCAAGCGCGCCCGCAGCAGGUUGGCAGUCCCUGGAGACCAGCCAGACCCAGUCAGAUCCCGUCGGACCUGCUCUGAAUCUUUUUGGUGGGUCCACAGGGCUCGGGCAGUGGAGCAGCAGCGCUGGUGGCGGCAGCGGGGCCGACCUUGCCGGCGCUUCGUUGUGGGGGCCCCCAAACUAUUCUUCUAGCUUGUGGGGAGUCCCAACCGUGGAAGAUCCCCAUAGGAUGGGCAGCCCUGCUCCUUUACUACCUGGUGACCUUCUGGGAGGAGGGUCGGAUUCAAUCUGAACUUAGAACUUUCAACUCUGACCUCGUGACCUUUUUUGGAACAGCAGCAGCACUAACUUGACCUUUUCGUUUUUUUUUUCAACUUGCAAUAAAUACAUUUUUAAAAGGAAAAAAGAAAACGGAGAGAGAAAAAAAGGUGGGUCAUUGACAGACUGUCUGAGCACAUAGUUGCCUCCCUUAUAACUUCAGUUUUUUCGUUUGGAAUAUGAAUCCAAAAAGAGAACAUAUCACUCUUGAAAUACUUGAAUCAUGAACGCCAACCUAGAAAGACAAUGUGAAGCAAGUACACAUACCAUUUAAAUUUAAACACAAAAAAAUUAAAAAAAUUAGUUUCUAGUUUUUCACUUUUUUCAUGUUAUAUGGAAGUUGUUGCUAAGAAACAUAUAUACUGAAAAAAAAAAUAGCUUUUUAACUUUGUUUGCACUGGGUGUGUUUCCGUCCUUAGGUCUACCAUGUUUGGGAGGGAGGGGAAUUCAAAAGAAUUGUUGGGGUGGGGGGAGGGAAGACUUGACGGAGCCUCACUUUAAAAACAAAAACACAAAAAACCUAAAAAAAAAAAAAAAAAAAGAAAAAAAGAAAAAAUUUGUGAUUGGCUGGUUGAUAAAUACCAGUGUGUUCUGGCACAUGUAACUGCCCAGGCAUGCUCGUUCUGGUAUGUGUGUGCACGUGUGUUCAUGUGCAUUCGCGUGCAUCCUUCUCUCUGUCUCUGUGUGUGUGUGUGUGCCUGUGUCCUCUCCCCACCCCGACUUCUCAGAAAGCUGCAUUGCUGACAGUCCGCAGGCUGGCUGGCCGGCCAUCUGCUUUUUAUUUUUAUUUUAUUUUGUUUUUAACUCUGAGAACACACGAGCACGGGGAGUCACUGCUACUGAAGCGACCCCGUUGGGCUGUAUUUGAACAGAGUGCUUUUUAAUGAUGAAAGCAGGGAGCUCCUUUACUUUGGCAAAGUAGCCCGAGUUUUCCGUAGCUUUUCUCUUGACCUAGCAGUAGAGUGGAGCACUGCCAAGUCCCCCACAUUAGGAGAGCAGGAGGUACCUCUUGGAGCAACUGUGUGUUUAUUUAUUUCUGUUUUUCUUUUCUUUUUUUUUUUUUUUUUUUUUUAAGUAAGUGGUCACUAGGCGCCUCUGAAUAUGUUCAAUUUCAUGCUAGCCUUUUCUUUGGUUUGAAUGGGAACAUGAAAAGAUCGUUUUUAAUUAUGUGAUGUCUCAAAAGCAGGAAAACUGUGGUGUUCCCCCUUUCUUGCAUAAUCAGGAAGGAGAAAUUCACCCGAAAAGUCAGGUAAUGCGGAAUUGAAAUUUUCUAUUGGUUCUCUUUUUCAUUUUACAAAAACAGAAAAAAAUCAGUGGUGAGCAGCCUCCUGAAAGCAUCCGCAGCUCCUCCCUCUCUGCUCCUCUCUCGCUGAGCGUUACCUGUGCCAGGCCGUGGCGUGUUACAGCACCAGGCCAUCACUGACAGAAACGUUUACUUAACGAAUGUUCUUAAACCAGUGUGUACUUCAAGCGUUUCCUUUUGUUUCUCUGUGUUGUGUAUUUCCUGUGUAUGUGGUUUUGCUUAGGCAGGUAUAACUUAGCAAAGACUUUUAAGUAUUGCACCUUUUUUUUUUUUUUUUUUUUUUUUUUUUCCUCGUCGCUUUUUUUAUUUCGGUAUUUAAAGACUUUUUUUUUUUUUUUUCUUUUUUUUAAAGCAUCCAUGUAGUAGUACUCUGGGCCGAAUAGGGGGCAACUUUUAAUCCACAGUUAUUACCAACAUGUAUGUACUUAUGUUGGAAUCAAAAUGUAUCAAACUGCUUUUUGUGAAGAGUUAUCACAGACCUGAAGGGGUGCCCCUUUAUACAAAGCAGAUGGCUGGCGGGGUGGGGGAGGGGGACGUAUGCCGGUCAUGUGCUAGCACUUGUGUGGACCUCCCAGUCUGCAUCAUACUGUUUAACAUAAAGUGCCGACAUUCUGUACCAGCAAAUACCUGCCCAUUCCAACCCUUGGUGGGAGCAGACCUCUACUGUCCUCUGUAACGUGCUGCUAGUGAGGACAAGGGAGUUUUUCUUUCUUUAGCAUCUUCAGUGAAGGAUACAACAAUGCCUAAAAAUGUAUUUGACUUUUAGCUUGUCUCUGUGUGUGGGUGGGUGGGUGGGUGUGUACAGGAAAAAGCAAAAACGAAUUCUUUGCAUUCAAGUGGUUCUGUGAGACAAAGAACGGGAAUUCUGUAGUCCUCUCGGCUUACUCUGUUGAUGGUAAACCUAGCCUGAAAAGAGAUUGACGUGCAUGAUCCACGGGCGCGUUUGCUCACGCGAGUCUUUCUGAACCCUUCGCGGGUAGGUGGUCAAACUUGAGUUUCCAGCGUUGGUUUGGUCCCAUUGGAUGCCUUGUAGAAAACUAACUGUGCCCUCCGGUUUUCAUCACCGCCAUCCCCAAACCCCCAACUUCUGCCCGUGUACACAACAGCUCCUUCCAGCCCCCACUGACUGCUCUCUGCCAGGGGUGCAAAGCCCUGUCAUGUGUGGUGACGUCCAGGUGAGGAGCAGCCGUGUUCAGACACCUACAGGAGGCUCACUCGGAGUGUCCCUGGGCCAGGAGCUGUCCCGAGGCUCCUGCCAGCCAGUGGUGACUGUCCACUGCCACUCUUGGUUCCCUGCCAUGUCCCAUGUCCCAUCCUGUCCCCCGCUCCCUGCCACGCACCCUCCUUUCUUCUGCCUGUUGGUUCCUUGACCUGCACUAUGGGUUAGUUGAGUUCCUUACGAUACUACGGUGAAAGCCGGGUGCUAGAGCCCCUCUUGUUUACAAGACAUAAUGAGGGAUUUGAAAUAUGUAAAAAUAAACAUGAGAAGCUAAAAUGUUCUUCCAUCAUAAGCUUAAAGGGAAAAAAUUAAAAACUUAAAAAAAGACCAAAAAGUGCGUAUAUAUAUACAUAUAAAUAUAUAUUUUAGAUGAAGACUAACUCUGGGAGCAUUUAACAGUGUUUUUUGUUUUUGUUUUUAACAUUUAUUUUCCUGCUUUAAAAAUUUGCAAGCAUUCUCAGGAAUUCUAGGGUAGGAAGCCAGUUUUUGGAAGAUGGUUUAUUUAACUGUAUCUUAUCCUAGAUAGACGGCUGUUUCUUUCCUGUUAAUAAACUUUUACAAGUUCCUGAAACUUCAAAAAGUUUAAACAAUUUUUACUUAAAAAAAAAAUGUAAAAAGAAAAGUCUCCAAACACUAUUGUCAUACUGGGGAUGAUACAUUUUAAAACACGUAGAAAGAAAUAUUUUUUAAAAAUUAUCAAUUUAGCAGCAACAGGUAAAUUCACUAUCUUAAAAAAUAUGGGAGAAGGAUUAUGCUUUAUAAGAGCUCUAUCACGGAUUCAUUUGAAAUCGUGUGUAAUUUAAUGCGAGAGUGUUUGGUGUAUAAGUGGGUAUGCCAUCACUUCGUUCCUUUCCAUUUAAGACUGAACUAAAAUCUCCCCUAGGAAUUUAUUUUAUUUUACUUUAUUUUUUUGGAGGAAUCUUUCUCCCUGUCUCCCCAACCCCAGCAUCAAAAGAAAGGAAGAAAGAAAGAAACAACAGCUUAAACAACAAAAAAAGUAACUCUAAUCUGUAAAAUAGUACGGUUGGAUUGCUGAGAAUCUAUAUAAAGAGUUAGGAAAUAUAGGUUAAUAAUUUUUGGAACAAAUUUUAAAUGUAGGCAUUACUAGAGGAAAAAUAUCUAUGGACUGUUCUCUUCAUGAAGAAUGUCUGUCUUACCUCCGUUUGUUAUGGGAGGAGGAGAAAAUAGUAGAAGAAUCUAAGAAGGAACAAGUGAUUUUACUUUUUUAGCUCCCAGCUCCUGUUGUGCUCAUUUUAAUUGCUGUUUUGAAGAUCUGCUGCUCUGUUACCCCCAUCCCUCAGCCGAAGAGGUGGAGUAGUACUUCCUUUCAGUUUUUGGUGAUGUUGAAUUCUACUUUUGUAUUCCCUCCUGGGGCCAGGGGUUAGAAUUCCCAAGCGUGACCACAGCUUCUUUUAAACAUCCAAGCUUCCCAGUGGGAAAGAAACUCCAGCUUGACAGGUAAAGGGAGUGGGUGGGGUUGCUGCCUGCAAUUUCUCUAAAGCCGCUUUAGUGCCUUCGCACACACACCCAGAUGUCCUAAGCAGGGGGAAGGCGUGUGUGUGUGCUCGUAGUCCAGUCGCUCCACAGACAGGAGGACGCUUGCCCGGUAUGGAAAUUGGAGUGGUUCUGGACAGGCCCCAAAGGCAGUGGGCUACAUGUAAAGGAAACAAACCAACAGAAGUUGAGGAAGCUACGUGUGCUUUUUUUGGUCUCGAUGCCGUAGGACACUGAGAGCCUUCCCCAGGCCGUCGCCCUCCGGUACCAUGCGUUGCCUUCUCUGGUGACAACUACAGUGAUUUGGAAAGUCUCUCUCUCGGGCCAGUAGGAAAAGGUUCCUGUUUUUCUGCUCCUGACCUCCUUCGUGUCUUCUCUUUCCCAUCAACCCCCUCUGUCUUGUCAAGUUGCUGGAAGCUUUGCUUUAUUGGUUGGCAGUGACCUAAGAGCAGGAUUCAGUGAGGAUGCCGUGGAAGAGAAGAAUUUUGCUUUCCUCGGUUUUCCCGGGCAAGAGCCGUGUCUGCUGGGGUCAGGGGGCUUCAGGGCAUGGAGAAAAUUCACUGGGAGCCUCAUCUCCCCCGCCACGUUCUGGCAUGCGUGCAGGGACUUGUGACGUAGAUUUACUUGGGAGUAUUUUGGUCCUGUUGACUUGGGCUUUCCGGUUUUUACCAGUUUCCUGGGUUUUUUUAAACACUUGAUUCCUAGCGGCUAGAGGUCCCCAUCUCUCAAACGUCACAGCUUGGUCUCUGUCUACCGCAUGAGUAGCUGAAAGGAGGAAUGUCUUCCGCCAGACCCGGGGACCUCUACUGGCAAUUUGGAUCCGGCGCCAUGACCCAAUUUUAGGUGUUUAAAAAGAAAAAGUACAGAUCCCCAAGACACUGUGAAAAAACGGAUGGCCCUUAUGGCACCUCUGAUCCCUCAGUCCCUAGCUCUUGAUAUUUUUCAUUUGCAGCGGCCCAGAAGUUAACUUAGCGGUGCUGCAAGUUAGGGUUCCAAACCAGCUCCUUUCGUCAGUGUCCCCUCAGUAAAUCAGCAUUAUGCAUUGAUUGCCAUUCAGUCCAUUUUAUUUAUAGCAGCUUGAUUUUCUAUUACUAUGGCUCCUGUUCUGAGAACUUUCCCACUUCUUCUGACAUGAAUGUGGCAUAAAUUAGCAAUUGGUUCUUCCAGGUUCCUGUGGGUUGAUUGUGGUGUGUAAGAUAUGCAAAAAAAAAAAAAAGAAAGAAAGAAAGAAAAUUCCUGUCUAAGAAUUUGGAAGAGCUGUUAUUAACAUAGCUAGCAGAAACUAAAGUUUUACGGGCUAUUAACUAGUUGCAAAUGUUCGCUCUCACAUUCAUCACUUUUACAGGGUGGGGAGCAGUUUUUGUAAAGUUAGUGGCCAGAUUCCAUAUCGACCUCAGAUGCUGUGUACUUUUAGUUUUAUUCUUUACAUUCUGCCAUCUUGACUCCUGAACAGAAUGAAGAUGCCUGUGUGCCGGGCAGAAGGCGUAGGCCAAGCCUGUUCUCUGCAGUGUAAACGGCAUGUUUUCAGCAGAUUUGGCUGGAAUAGCCAUCUCUGAGAUUAGGGAACAAUUGAGUCUUUAUGUUGAAAAGGUCUCCUUCUCCCCUAUCCCCAGAGUUCAAAUUCAACCUAUAACACUUUGUAGGUUAUUGUUUGUGGCGGGGGCGGGGGGAGGUUGUUUGUUUAAAUUAUAAGGUCUUUUGGAGUAGAGAAACAUUUUUACCUGGUUUAAAAAAAAAAAAAAAGUCAAACAUUUUCUUCUCCAGUAUUUUGCCAAGUUUUGUCAUAUUUCAUGUCUAUGCAUUAACUGCACUUCUUAGUGUUACGACAAAAAGAAAUCUGAUUCUUUGUUUUCCCUUCCAUGAGUGUACAAGUCAGGCUGUGUGUGAUAGUGCAGAUGAAAAUAGUCUAGCCCGUGUCUAUAAAUGAAUUGUCAGUCUUUAGACCUCAGCAGUUAGUCAGAAAAUGGGGUGCCGUCCCCCUCUGCUUGCUUAUCCUCAAGUGCAAGGUGUCCACACAGUCUAGAAACAGGCAAGAAUAUAAAAUGUUGUCAAGGUCAUCAUCAGUCCAUUCAACCACAUAGACUGUUGUCUCUGUUUCCAGAGUUCGUACACACCCUGUGAGAGGCCUGUAGGUUUAUGGCCAGUGCCAAAGGUGUGUGUAUUUUCAGAAAUGGUCCCCAUUUGUUGACGAUGGUGUUUUCCUGACCUUAAAUUUGACAAAGGAAGUACUGGCAUCACCUUCUUAAUUUGAACUAAUUAUCAGCUUCAAGAAUCUAAUAACAUAAUAAAAAUUGAACCAUGAACGUGCCCUCUCUACUAGAGAAAAGAGGCCCGCGAAUGUCUAUAAGUCAGAGAAGGGAACAUGGGUGAGGGAACAGGGCCUGUCCUCCCCCCCCCCGACUCCACCCCUACCCCCAGCUGGGGCCUCCAUGCUGUUCUAUCCACGUGUAGGGUCACUCGGACUAAAUCUACACUAAUUCCAAGUAUUGGAACAUUUGUGUGGUUUUUAAACUGUCAAUCUCGUAGUAACCUCCUACCACCAAAAUAAAAUAGCAAGAGAGACGGAAACUGCCAGUGUUGGCCUCACAGAAUUUAACUAGUUUCCUUUUGGGUUAGCUGUACCCCUGAAUUUGUCUUUAACGAUAGCUCUGCACACUAGGAAAAAUGGUGCCGCCCUGACGCAAGGGUCUUUGCAAGAUUCACUUGUUGGCUCUUUGCCGUGACAAGCGCCUGUCUUGUUCAUGGGGGGGAGAAGGGGCAGGUAAAGGCAAGAAGUGUUCUGUUUUAAAUUAAAUCAGUUUCAUUUUCAAACUAGAAACCAUGGCUUUGAAAGUAAAUUCCCAAUUGCAAUUGGUACAUUUUGAGCCAGUGUUAAUAAACUGGGAUUGUUUUCUCAAGAAGUGAAAUUCUUUGCUGCUCAUGGUGAGAAACCACAGAGCAGCUUCCAGCGUUGUGGUGAAGUGAAGGGCUUUCCUUCCCAUCCUGUCCCCUGCCUCCCUGGGCCUCCACUGCAUCUGGCUUCCUUCUCCUUGGGCUCCUGAAAGGUGUGCUCGGGCUGGGUGGUGAGGGGCGAAGGGAGGGGCAGGGCAGGAGGAAAGUAGCAGGUCCCGUGUGUGCUCGCCAAAAAUGCAAAAGGGGGCUGUGUAUACAAAACUGAGCAAAAACCUUUGAAACCCUUAAAGUUACAUACCUUCUAAAGGUACUAUAGUUUUUCACCAAGUGAUGCAUUCAGCAUGACACUUCUUAGCAGAAAUUCCGGGUUAAGUUAGAAUCAAUGUGUUUAAAACACCCCCCCACCCCCUUUUAAAUUUUGUCCACGGAAUUACUUACUUAAGUGUAGUAUUUCUGAAUGUGCCUUUGUGAGCUCAGAGACCAUCUGUUUUAGGAAGAACCUCUGCAUUGGGAGAAAACAGGCGGUCAGCUUAGUCUUUAGGGAAGUCAGCUUUUCUUCAGGAGUCCGCGGGGGCGUCUGUGGAGUUUUCAUUUGCAUCAGUAUUGCACAGUGCGGAGUCGCAGGGAAGAGGGUCUGGGCUUGGGGGAGGGGACGGUGCACAGAUGACAGAGACCAGGUUAGUCCAGGGGGUGCGGCUGAACGUAGCCGCCUGCAUCGCCUAGUUUUCUCCGUGUCUGCUUGUGCGCGUGCGUGGCCGUGGCUGUCCUGGUUUUCGUUUUUCUAUAAGCACUGGAGAAUUGAAGUGCGGUGAUGUCUGUGACACAUCUGCACAAGUCCAGAAGGCGUCUUCUAGCCCCUGCCUUUCUACCCUGCCGGGCUGUGUCCUGAAAAGGCAGUUCUUUUCCCAAAUGGACAUCCCAUGGGGUGGCCGUGUAUGCAAACAGGGUAUUAUUACACACAAGGAAAGGCUUUGGAAAGAAUAAGAUUGAAGUGUCUGAGAAAGAAAAGAGAAAACUCUGAAAUCCUAGUUUAUUUCUUCAAAACUGUUAGGGUCAAACACAGAAAUCUGCAGUGUCUCUUUGUUUUAUGUCUGUUUUAAGCGAUUCCACCGCUUGUCCCCACUCCCUGUCUUCUAAAGAGAUAGUGAAUGCCAAGGGCCGUUUCCGUAAUUCCUCAGAACUCCUCCAAGAGGGACACAGUCCCUCCGCCAGAUUCCUUCAGCUUCGUUCAGGAAGACACAGGGAGGAGAGGGGCUGCAGCUUCUUCCCAGGGCUUUCACGCUCGUUCCUCUCUAAUGGCCUUGAAAUGUAUCAUUAUGCAAAUGUGAAUUUUCAUACCGAAUUUAAGAAGAGGUUGUUGGACUUUUCUUUUUUCAGGAAAAAAACAAAAAGGUCCCACGUGCAGUCAUUCAUUCAUGGCUUCUUUAUUUUGUAACGUGAAUUGUAACUAUGCAUUCUGCAACGGGGGGAGGAGACGGCAGACGGGAAGGAGGUAGCUUUGCAUCUUGUUCUACGGUUUCUGUGUCCAUGGUGUCCCCACGUCCUGGCAGGGAAGGGGGUCAAGAGCAGGAAGCGGCAGGGUGGCGAGGUCGGCACAGCGAGGUAGCAAGAGCCUGUGGCUCGUGCCCGCCAGUGAGGGACAGGCUCCGUCCCAGCCAUCAGGGUCAACCAGGUGCAGCAGGGGGGCUCCCACGCGCCAGUCUUCUCCGGAGAAAAGUGUCAUCCCUGCCUGAAUUCAGAACCCUUUCAAGCUCAGGAAACCAGCCUCACCUGUGCUGCCCUUCAUCUUUAUGUCAGUUUCAGAAGCUCCUCCUCGCUCCCGUUUUCAUUUUUCUUUCUUCUUCCUAACUCGCUUUUAAGUGAACUGAAUGACAAGCAAACUCUUGCUCUGUGGGGAAGAGGCCUGGUUGCUUGACAGGCAGCAAAGCAGUCUCUUCCCCACCCACCACCCUCAGCCGGGUAACCUCUCUGCUUCCUCGGCAGUCGCUCAGCCGUGUGGCUGGUGAGCAGUGAGGUGCCUGAUGGGAGCCCACAGCCUCCCCUUUGUCGGUCUUGCCUGUGGUGAACCGUGGCACCUGCAUUGCUCUGGUCUAGGCAUUAUUUGCAACACUCAGUGUCGUAAGCAAGAGGUGGCUCUGUCCGUCGCCAGUGUUCCCACGCAGCAGUUUUCGUUGUUGACGUUCACAGUACUGUAACGAGUAACAGACUUGAUCGCUGUCUCCUCGCGCCCCUGCGACGCUGCACGGGCACGAACUUAUCAGGGUUCCCAUCUGUUAGAUUGCCUUUAGACAAAAAACAAAAAACAAAAAAAACAAAAAACAAAAAAAAAAACCCACAAAAAAUAAAAACAGUAAAAUUCUGACAUUUCAACUGUCUAACACAAAGCGAUACCUCGAGGUGCAUUUCCCCUGCAGUGUGCACCCUUAAUUCCCCUGUUCCUUUCUGACAUCAGUGGGUUAUCCUUUGAAAAGUAUGGACGUGUAAAUAGCAGGAUAACUUUUACCAUUUUUUUCUUUGCUGUGAAAGUAACCCUAAAUAAAAUAUGAUGUUUUCCAGUUUUUUUUUUUUUUUUUUUUUAAGCCAUCAGAGGUUUCAGAUCUCGUGUUUUUUUCAUGUUUAAGAAGAGAAAGCAGAACAGGACAGGAGAGUAGACUCGUAUUUGUGGGGUGGCGGUCUCUCCAUUGCCUCCCCUAUGUAUGCAGCCACAGCAGACCCGUGUUUAACCCUUGUUUCGAGGCGACGCCAUCUAUUCCAGCUCUAGUUCCAGGGUGGGGAGUGUCUGGAUUUCUCUCUUCCGGAAGAUCCAUCCCCUCCAGGAUCUCCAGAAUGUUUUCUGCCUGAGACCUUGAAUUCUCAACCUUUCUUGGUUCACACACAAACACACACACACACACAUUCUGAAUAACUGAGUAGCAUUCUGUUGAUCAUAAGGAGAAUUAGUCCCUGGCAUUUCAGUUUUGUGCUGUAGAAUUCAUAGCCUUGUCACUUCGCGAUGCUCUGGAAGUGAACUGAUUUCUUACUUGGAAGGAAGCUCAUCCGAGACGUGCAGACAGCCUCCCUGAGAGGCAUGCACCUCCUUCCUUGAGGCCUGAAGAGCUGACAUUAGGGAGAGGGAGAGUGUUUAGCAAGCGCUGCUUGUGGGGAUCCGUCAGCUACUGCGCUCCUAGACUUGGCCACACCAAGGCCAGACCAGAAUCCUUUUGAACUGCUUCUUCACAACCCCCCCAGCUCUUCCUCAUCUUACAGAGAAACCCUGCAUCUGUCAAGAAGCCCUUUUUAGUUUGAGCUCACUGAUCUUUGUCUGGUGACGACUUCCUUUGACAGGAAGAAGCUUGAUCAUAAGCGCACGUAUAUUCACCACCCACCUUCUGAUUUGCGUGCUGGCGCCCUUCGGGUUUUAUUUCUGUUGUUUGUGUGGAGGCCCCUUUUCUGUCAGUUUCCUUCUUCUGAUCCCUCCUGAGUUCUUCCUGCCCUUUCAUCCCUCUGCGCUGCUCCCAAAGGGCUCUGCUGAUCUCGCACUUCUGUCGGGGACGCUCCCCCCCAGCACCCUUUGCACACACCAGUGACCAAAGUGUGUCCAGUGAUCUCACAGAAAACAUCAAAAAUGGUGCAUGCACCGUGAAUGUGCUCACAGAGACACGUGCACAAGAUUCUGCACCCUUGGCCUUAACCUCAGUAUGACUUAAGGUGCAGGAACAUUUUUAACAGGUUUUAAAAAAACAAACAAACAAAAAAACUCUUCUGGGAGGAAAAAAAAAAAAAAAAAGCAGAUGCAACAGCUCAACUGUGCCCACUCCUAACUCUCCAUUAUUUGCUUACGACUUACUCUGUGCCCACCCCACCCCUCCCUGUUUUGAGUAACCAAAAACAGAGAACAGAAGCAACCUGAGGAGAGGUUUCUGGACUGUUUUAUCUUCCUCCAUUUAGAUGGAGAUAAUAUAUAUGUGCUGCUUUGGGUUCCAUAAGCCUAGGGGGCUAUGUUUACAUAGUAAAAUACAUCCUACCAAAUCAGGAAACUGAAUCACGGGAAUCUCUGCAGUGAGCGUUAGGUCGCUGAUGGUGAACAGGAGAACUGAGGGCACUUGGAGGAUGGGGCAGAGGAGGAGAAGUCCUGCCUGAUGGCUUGUGACGCCAUGCUCCUUCCUCCCUGCUCCCUCCUCGGCUUCUCUCCUCGCCCCCUUACAACAGAAGGUGCAGAGAAGGGCAUCGGAAAGAGGCUGGAUCUUUCAAAGGCAGCUUUCCAGCUUUGCACACAAACAGGUAGUAGUAACAGGAAGGUACAGCAAAAAUCCUCUCAUCUGAAACACUGUCAGCAGAAACAAAACCUGUAAACAUGACUCAAUAGCUGCACAUUUUGAUGCUCUCUGCAAGUUACCUAGAAGUGUUUUGUUUUUCUUAUACUUGAAAUAGCUCUUACAAUAUUAUUUUGGUGGCUUUCUUUUCUCUCUUCUGGUGGGCAAUAGAGAAAGUGGAUGGUGGGAUGUAAGGAAGUUUGAGGGAGAAAAGGGAGGCUAUGGCAUUGUCUUUUUUUUUUUUUUUUUUUAAACAUAGAGGUUUAAUCAAACUCCCAUAUGUUGAAAUUGCUCCUCAUAUUACUGGUUUUACAUGGACACAGAAACUAGGCACUUUAGAGGUGCACUUGCAUGGCAGGCUGGGCCCCCCUUUUCUAUAUUUUAUUUUACUUUUUUAGUAUAGUGGUACUUAAAAUCACUGGUUCACUUAAAAAAAAACAAACAAUAAAAUGUUAAACUCUACUAAUGUACAAAUAAGCUGAAAAGUUGCAUUUUAUGUGUAUUUUUUGCCAUAGCAGGUACUGUAUUUCUCAUGCUGGAUUUCAAAAAAACGAAAAAGUCAAAAACAAAAAAAAAACUAAAGGGUGGUCUUUUAUUGGAUUGUGACAGGUUGAGUAAUGAGGAAUUAAGUCGUCGUCAUUUCAUUAAAACAGAGAUGGUGUAAUGCAUAUAUAAGAGUUUUCUGAAGGGUUUUUUUGGGCUUUUAAACAGCUUAUUUUUGUUUUUGUUUAGUUUUUUAUUUUAUUUUAUUUUGGAAAGAUAUGAUUGUAUUAUGUGCAACUCAGUUGCUUACAUUAUAACUACAAAAUAUUUUUGGGUUCCUGGAAAAAAAAAAAGAAAAAAGACUAAUAAAUGUGUUUGGCUGCUAAGCA